AUGGGAAAGAAGGGCAUUGAACAGCCACAAGGCUUUGUCGCGUAGGUAAUUCCAUAUAUCCCCAAAAAUCUCCUAACAUCUCCCAGCACAUUCGGCGUCCAAAUGGUCGAUCUCUUCAUCGGCCCAACCAAACAACAAUUCCGCGUCCACAAAACCCUCCUCUGCAACCGGGUAGAAUACUUCCACAAAAUGUUCUCAAGCGGAUUCCUCGAAGCCGAAGAAAAGUCGGGAUCCCUCCCAGACGAAGAACCCAUCGUCUUCGCCCUCUUCCUCGAGUAUCUCUACGGGGGAGGACGACUCAGUCCCGUCGACGUGACGUUGAGUACGCAAUCCUCUGGCCCGAUCGUGGAUCGCAUCAAACUCUAUGGUUUCGCGGAACGGAUCUGUUUGGUGGAGCUCGCCGACUAUGUUAUGACGAACUUGAUUUCGAACUUGAAGCACUACGAGCGAACGCCGAGUCGAGAGGGGAUCUUAUUGGCGUACAAGGAGACGAGGACGGGGAGUUCGUUGAGGAGAUAUAUGAGUUCGGCUUUGUACUAUGUUAUGAAGUAUGAGACGGAGGAUAGUCCUUGGACUGCGGAGGCACUUUGUGAGACGUUAAAGGAGGUGGAUGACUUACUUUAUGAUUUGAUUGUGGUCACGAGGAAGCAUGAAGCUCAUAUACCGCCUGCCACGAAGAAAUCUGUUGAUCCGAGAAUUGGGUCAAAGUGCCGAUUCCAUUCACAUCCAGAGAAUGCGGUUUGUUUGCUGAAGGGUGAUAUUUUAUGA